AUGUCUUCUCUGCAAGAAUUAACACUACGGCGCAACAAUUUCACUGGGAAUCUUUCAAGGGAUAUUGGGAAUCUUACAAUGCUAACAAAGUUUGACAUCGGCGAAAACUACGUGACUGGGAUUAUUCCUGCUGAAUUUGGUCAACUACACCAACUGGAGAGAUUAGUGUUAGGGGUGAACAGCUUCAGUGGACCUAUUCCACAUGAGCUCUUUAACAUUUCAACUCUUCAAAUCCUUGAUCUUGUUAAGAAUGAUAUAUCUGGAGUUCUUCCAACCAGUCUAUGCCAUACCUCUCCCAUUCUUGAAGGGCUUAAUCUUGCAGUUAAUUCAAUCUCUGGUCCAAUACCAAAUUCUAUAUCUAAUUGUUCCCAACUCAGAAUUCUCACACUUAGUGCAAACAAAUUGAGUGGUUAUAUACCUAUGGAUCUCGGCAACCUAAGACUUCUCGAAGACCUUAGAUUGUUCGGCAACAAUCUUACAAAUGCACCAUCUUCUUCAAACAUGGCCUUCCUUACAUCACUUUCGAAUUGCAGGUCUUUAGCUCAUUUGUAUAUUUCAGAUAAUCCUCUAUACGGCACCAUUCCAGCGUCCAUUGGGAAUUUGUCUUCCUCACUUGGAAUAUUCAGAGCCGCCCGCUGCAAAUUAAAUGGCAGCAUUCCUGAUCAAAUAGGCAACUUAAGAAACUUGACGCUCUUGGCAUUAGAGGGCAAUGAGUUAUCUGGUAAUAUUCCCCUAUCCAUCAAACAUAUACAUAAUCUUCAAGGAUUAUAUCUUGAUGCUAACAAGUUGCAAGGCUCCAUUCCAGAGGUGUCCAACAUGUUGCAUUCAAGCAUACCUACAAGUUUAUGGGAUCUAAAAGAUUUGCUGAUUCUUAACUUGUCCUUCAAUUCGUUGAGUGGGGUUUUACCUCAAAAGAUAAGUAACUUACGAGCAGCAAUCGAUAUAGAUCUAUCGAUGAAUCAGUUGUCAGGGUCUAUUCCCAGCACUAUUGGAAAGCUACAGAAUUUGGUUAAUCUGUCUUUGGCAAAUAACAGACUCGAAGGUUCUAUUCCAGUUUCCAUGGGAAGCAUGACAGGUCUGGUGAGUCUUGACUUGUCCCAUAACAACCUCUCUGGUUCAAUUCCAAAGUCUUUGGAAGCUCUUCAACAUCUCAACUACUUUAAUGUCUCUUUCAAUAAUCUGAGUGGAGAGAUUCCAAGUGGCGGUUCUUUCAGAAACUUCACUAUGGAUUCUUUUAAGGGCAAUAAGGCAUUUUGUGGAAGUCUGAGGUUCAAUGUUCCAAUUUGCCCCGCGGUUUCUAGUCACAGAUCGAAGAAGAAAAAGGUGGAACGAGCUUCAUUUAUUGCUUUUGGGGUUGUGGCUUUCAUUUCAAUUGUUUCUCUAGCUCUCAUCUUUCUCAGAAACAGAAGGAAAGAUAAGACAACUAUAGAAGUUGAUGAGAUGGUAUCCAUUGUGCCAGAAAGAAUCUCAUAUUAUGAACUUCUGCAAGCAACUGAACAAUUUAAUGAGAGCAAUCUGCUUGGCACUGGGAGUUCUUGCUCUGUGUACAAAGGAGUUCUUAACAAUGGAAAGGUUGUCGCUGUCAAGGUGUUUAAUCUUCGGUUGGAAGGUAUUUCAAAGAUAUUUGAUGUCGAAUGUGAGAUUCUUCGUAGCAUUCGACACAGGUGUCUGAAUAGUGUCAUAAGUUGUUGUUCCAAUGAAGACUUCAAGGCAUUAGUACUCGAGUAUAUGCCCAAUGGAAAUCUUGAGAAAUGGUUAUAUUCUCAAAACCAUUUCUUGAAUUUCAUGGAAAGAUUGAAUAUAAUGAUCGAUGUUGCAUCGGCUUUGGAGUAUCUUCACAGUGGCUAUUCGACACCAAUUGUCCACAGUGACUUGAAGCCAAGUAAUGUCUUGUUAGACAAAGACAUGGUUGCUCGUGUAAGCGAUUUUGGGAUAGCGAAGCUGCUAUACGAUGGAGAUAGCACGGUUUUAACCAACACCCUGGGAACAUUGGGUUACAUUGCUCCCGAGUAUGGUUUAGAAGGACAAGUCUCCACAAGGUGCGACGUCUAUAGCUACGGGGUGAUGUUGAUGGAAGUUUUUACGAAGAAAAAGCCAAGUGACGACAUGUUUGAUGGAGAUCUAAGCUUGAAGAGAUGGAUUGAAAGGUCGGUUCCACAAUUCACCCAUCGAGUUAUAGAUGCCAACUUACUGAUGAACGACGAAGAACAUGGCGACAAAAUUGUGGAAUUUACUUCAUCCAUGUUAGAGUUGGCCUUAAAGUGUUGUGCAGAUUCUUCUCAUAAAAGGAUUAAUAUGAAAGAAGCUCUAGCAGAGCUGCAGAAAAUCCAACAUAGGUUUUUGGGAUGA